UGUUGUAAAAUACGAUAUCAGUUAUCAGUUUAUGUUUAUAUCACUCGCUGACCAUUCUUAUGAGUUAAGAGUGUUAAGACUUUAAUAUUUAUGAAAGGGUUAAAUAAUAAGUAAUAAGUAUAUAGUAUUGUUUUAAUAAACUACAAUCGAUAUUUAUCAGCAUUGAGUAUAUUUUAGAGAUAAGUAAUUUUAAUUGAUUCAAUAUAAUUUGUACUUUUUAGUUGAUACAUGCAAAUUAUUAUUUAUGCUUUUAAUGACACCAAAUUAAAAUAAUUAUUAGGUUUAGAAGAAAAUAUAAUACCCAAGUUAGUCAAGAAAUGACGAAUUACGAAUACAAUUAUUACAACUUGAGGGGUUUAAUAAAUUAAGAAACCGAUUAAAACGAAUCAGAAUACUAAAAAUAAUAUACUACAAUAAUACUAACUGCUACAGACAGAUUGAAUGGUUAACUUGCUCAAAGACAGAAGUAUUAACUAAAAUGAAUCGUCAAGCAUUUAAGUUGAUAACAUUUGAUAUAACUGGUACAUUAUUAAAAUAUCGAAGUUCUCCUGCUGUAGAAUACUCUAAUGUUUUAAAUAAAUAUGGAUUAGAAGUAAAAUUAUCAACUCUUGAACAUUUGAUUAAUAAAAAUUGGACAUUUAUGACAAAAGCACAUCCAAAUUUUGGUCUUUAUACUGGACUUAAAUGGGAAAACUAUUGGAGAACUUAUGCAGAAAAUGUUUUUAGUAAAGCAUUUCAGAUAGAAAAUAUCUCAUACCAUGUACCUUUGAUAGUUUUAAUUGAUGAUUUGAUGAUGACAUAUAGUACAGGAGAAACAUUUGAAGUACAGAAUGGAGCAAUUGAGUUAUUGGAGUAUUUGAAAAAUGAACAAAUACCUUUGGGAGUUUUGACUAAUUAUGACCCAAGAAUUAAAUCUAUGAUAACAAAUCUUGGUCUCUCUCAUUAUUUUAAAUUUAUUCUGUCAUCAUAUGAAGUAAGGUCAGAAAAGCCAGAUAUUAAAAUAUUUAGAAAAGCAGAAUCAUAUAUUGAAAAAGGUUUAAAUCGUAAGUUAUUUUUGCAUAUUGGUGACUCUUAUUUGUUGGACUUUAAAGGUGCAAAAAAUGCUGGAUGGUCUGCAUGUUUAGUUCAUACAGAUAAAAAUAUAAUUGAACAAUAUCCAUCUUUAAGUGGUUGUAUAUUUGACAAUUUUACAGCUUUAAAAAUGUUUUUAAUAUCAUGCAAUUCAAAAAAAAUGUAUUCUGAACAAUAG